UUCAUACGCAUAGGGUUCCCUGGAUAUCCCUAUAUUUCAUUAGAAGAAAAAUUCUAAAGUUAAAAUAUUAUUUUUCAUUUCAAUCUAAAUUUGCCUCGAAGUCAAAAUCCAACAUAAUCCCAUGGUUAAAGCCUUAUUAGUUUGCCUAGAUCUUCCUUCUUUCUCCUAUAUUUUCUGAAUAACUCAAAUUGGUAAACCAUAUUUAUGGAGUAUCUUUUAAGCAUUGUGAACUGUCCUGGGUAUUGGCUGCCUUUCCCUAGUUAUCAGAUCCUUGCAUUAAUCUGGGGAUUCUCUUUCAGAUCUGAUUGAAAGCUCUGUCCUCCCUGUUUGGUGACUUACAGAGGAAAAUAAGAGGAAACAGUGCCCAAAAUCCAGUUUUCACCCCCCACACCCAGAUAUUUAAACAACUUUCCAGUUCCUCAGACCCCUUCACUCAUCCUAGAAGGCAAAAGAUUCAAAUUCUUCAUUAUAGUACAUGUAUACAACAGGCAGAGAGCAGAGCUUGAGUUUGUAAGCUUUGGAAGGUGCUCGCUGAAUAUUCUGCACUAUGGUGAUAUGUACCUGAUACCUUACAGGCUUUGCCUGCUUAAUGUUUGGACUGUCUGUGAGAGAAAACCCAGAGAAAGACAGCUGGCAACUGAAUUAUUGACAAUGCAGCCAUUGGAAUCAGUGAUGUUUGAAGAUGUAGCUAUAGACUUCACUCAGGAAGAGUGGGCCCUGCUGGACACAUCCCAGAGAAAACUGUUCAGAGAUGUGAUGCUGGAAACUAUUAGUCAUCUGGUCUCCCUGGGGUAUCAUCAUGCGAUUUUCCAGUUGGAGCAAGGAGAAGAACUGUGGAGUGAAGGAAUUGGAUUUCUCCAAAGCCAGAGUUCAGGCAGGGAAAGUGCCAUUAAAAAACAAGAAAUAAUAGCCACACAACAAAUCAGCACGAAGGACACAUUUAUAAUCAUACCAAUGAAAUCUCACAUUCCAGAGGAUCCCUAUGAAUAUAAUGAUUUGGGAGGAGAUUUCACUCAUAGCUCUACAAUAACUCAAAAUUUGUUAACUCACAUGGAAAAGAAACCCUUUAUCAGCAAACAGUGUCAAAAUUCCCUUAGUGACCUGUCAUACCUUAAACAACAUAAGCAGACUUACACUAGAGGUAAAUCAUAUGAGUGCCAUCUGUGUGGGAAAGCCUUUAUGAAUAGCUCUACCCUUAGACGACAUGAGAUGACUCACACUGGAGAGAGACCGUAUGAAUGCCGUAUCUGUGGGAAUGCCUUUAUUCAAAGCUCCGACCUUAGAAAACACAGUCUAACUCACACUGGAGAGAAACCGUAUGAAUGUCAUCUAUGUGGGAAAGCCUUCACUCAGUCCUCUAACCUCAGACAGCAUGAGAGAACACACACUGGAGAACAACCAUAUGAAUGUCUUCUAUGUGGGAAAGCCUUCAAUAAAUGUUCUGCUCUUAGACGACAUGAGAUAACUCACACUGGAGAAAAACCGUAUCGAUGUCAGCUAUGUGGAAAAGCCUUCAGUCAGUGUUCUGCCCUUAGACGACAUGAAGGAACCCACAAUGGAAAGAAAAUCAUGAAUUCCUUUAGUAAAUAUUCUGACCUUAGAUGACAAGGUAUACAUGCAACGAAUGUGGAAAAAACAUCAAUCAUAGCUUUAACAUUUAAACACAGCAAGAGGACUCACACAUUGAAGAAACACUGUCUGUAAUCAGUGUGGAAGAUCCUGCAGUCAUCCAUACUCAUUUGACAUAUGCAGGUUUAUAUAGAAGAGAAUUGUUACGUAUGACAUCCAUGUGGCAAAACCUUCAGUCAGAGGUCUGGCCAUAGAUGACAUAUAGAACUCACACUGGAAAUAUAAGGAAUGCAGAAGUCUUCAGCAACAGCUUUGAACUUUAAGUACACAAGAGAAAUCGCAUGAGGAUAACUCCUUGAUCUGUAAUCAGUGUGGGAAUGCUUUCAUUUAUAAUUCAUGGCUAAACAACAUGAGCAAACUCCACUUAGGAGAACCUUUAGGUUUGUAAUCACUGUGAACAAGUAUUCAGCCAAGCACAAGGCAUGGUGUGCAUGAGAAAACUCAGUGAAGGAAUAACCAUUAAAACAGGAUGUAAGAGAAUAAAACCUUUUGAAGAAUAUCAAAUAAUUCAUUCUCGAGAAGUGAUUCAAUUAAAAAUUAUGAGAAAUCCUUUAUUCAUUGAGAAUACUUGUGGCACAUGUGCUGAUUCAGAUGGUACAAAAUACUCUUAGGUGUCAUGAAAGAAGGAAAGUCUUCAGUGCUUAUUUAUUCAUUUUAUAGUCAGCGUUACAGUUCUCACAGUGAGAAGCUAGCAGUCCUAAAAUCGAAGUGGAGAAACCUUCAAAUUUCACAUCAGGAAAGAGUCUAGGGAGAAAGAACCCUCUAAGAGAGCCUUUAACAUACUUUUAGCAAAUAAUUCAGAAUUUUGAGAAAAUAACUAUUCACCAGAAAAAUGUGGCAUAUAAAUGCAAAAUAGAGUGAUCUGGAAAUACUGAAUGCAGAAUUUUAUAGAAAAAUAGAUUACUUUUUUAUAGAUUAUUGUAAAUAUUUAAACAAUAAACCCUGUUCCUUAAAAAUCUA